AUGGCAUUAUUAGGUAAAACCUUGAAAGGUCGUACUACAAAGCCUGGAGGUACAGAGUAGAAGAGAAAUAUAAAAAUAAGACAGAUAACUAAGUCUUAGCAAGAGUUUGAAGAGAGUCAAAAGUAGGCUUAAGUAAUAUUGGGUCAUAUUGGUAGUUUAAAAAAGAGUAACUGCGAAGUAAAAUUAGAGAGGAGCAGAAGAUUGUUAAUUUCAAUACGAAGAAGCUUAUGGCUUAUUGGAGAAGAACAAUGAGGGCUGUUAAAACGGAAUAAUUGAAGCAAGAUAUCGAAUUAUACUCGUAAAACAAUAAAAGAGAAUUAGAUUCAAAAGAAGCAUUCAUUCAAAUGCUUGAUAAGAAUUUAGAUGAGGCUGAGGAUCAAUAUCAAAUUGCAUUAAGGAACCAUCUUAUUCAUUUGGAAAAUUUCCAUUUAUUAUAGGAGAGUAGAAAUAGGGCUUUAUUGGAGGAGUUUGAAAGAGAUAUCAAAAUACUUUAAGAAGAAUUUUAAAUUGAAUUUGAUGACAUGACCAAGACUCACAAAUAGCAAGUUAAGGAGUUGGAAGACAUGAUUAAAACAGUGGAAGAGGAGGAGAAGAGAAAGGCAGAGUUGGCUAAGAAUUAACAUUAAACAAAUAGAGAAGAGACAAAGAAUAAGGAUGUCGAAGACACAAGUCAGAUGAAAUAAUAAUUAGAAGAUAAACAAACUAAAUUUUAUAAUGAUUUAGAGUAGAUGCAUUAAAAAUAUCAAUCUGAUACUGCAAAGAAAACUGAGGAUCAUACUAAAUAUUAUGAUGCCAAUAAAGAUAUGUCAAAAAAGAUCGAGAGAUUGGUUAGAUCAAUAGCUAGUAAGAAAGCAAAGAUUGAUCUAACCAAAUAUAAAAUCUUAUAACAUACAAAGGAAUGCAAUGCUAGGAAUUAGGCUUUGAAAAAGGAGAAAGAAAACAUUGCCAAGAAUUACUAAGAUUUAAAAUUGAAAAUGAACAAAUUUAGAGAGGAAUAGUAAAGAUUGUUGAAAGAGUUAGUAAAUAAUAGUCGAAAUGCUGUUUUGAAGUUGACAGAAUAUAAGGAAUUGGGAGAGAAGAUUUUAAAAACAGCCGAGUUGUGUAGGAGAUUGGAAACAGAAAGGGAGAAGGUACUGCCAUUUUAUGAGGAUACAGUUGAUAUGGAUUAAAUCCCAGAGAAUUUAAAGAAUGAUUUUGAAGUCAUAGAAAAGGAGUAAUAUGAAGAAUUUGCUUAUCUAAACAAUUUCUAUAAGAGAUACAACAAGGUAUGUAAACAGCAUUAAAUUUAAGGUUUUGUUGGAUAUAUUGGCAAUUCAGAAACAAAAGGAGGCCUUGUAAAAUGAGAGCAAUCAACUACAAUCAUUACUAAAAUAAUACUUGGAUGGGUUGUCAUGCAAUGAUGAUGUGCUAUCAAAUCCAAAUCCAUUAUUUGUUAAGAACUUCAAUAUAGACUUAGGAGAGAAGCAGGUCACAGGAGAUUUGCAACAAACAGUAAUAGAGGGUGUGUUUAAUGUAAGGAGCACUUAAAUGCAAUUAUAAGGAUAAAGGGUGGGACCAUUUUAAUGA